GAGAAACGAAGCGAUCAGUGUGAGCUUGGCCACUAGUGAGACAGGGUGUGCUCCGUCUGUGUCCCAAGGACGCUCGGCAGGCCAGGGCGGAAGGGCGCGACAAGAGGCCAGGAAGGAUGGGGAAGCAGGGGCAGACCGGAGGAACCCUUGUGUCAUGUACCAAGUCUCUUCUUAUGACCUUCAAUGUGUUGUUCUGGAUCCUAGGCGCCGUGGUGCUGGCUACCGGGAUCCUAGUGAAAGUGGAGGUGUACAAGUAUGUGGAGGUGUCUCGUGAUUUCUCUGCCACUGCUCCCUACGUCCUGGUGGGCACUGGGGGCUUCAUGCUACUGCUGGGGCUGCUGGCGUGUUGCUGUACCGCCAAGGGACAGCCGGUUCUGCUAUAUAUUUACGCGGCCUUCCUGCUGGUGAUUCUGGUCAUCCUGGUGGGGUCCGGCGUGAGCACGUGGGCCUUCAGGAAGCACCUCAAGGCAGGCUACGAGGACGGCCUCACGCGCGCCCUUACGGAGUACGAGAGAAACCCUGCCGUUAUGAGCGCCGUCAACACCCUACAGAACAUGCUGUCGUGUUGCGGGAUUCAGAACGCGAGUGAUUGGGUGGCGAUGCCCUAUGGACAAAGCCACGACCCGCCCCAGCCUCUCUCCUGCUGCAGGGAGACGAGAGACGCAGUGUGUGUCGCCCUCCACCCUCAGGGUUGCUACACCACCGUGGUUCAGUUCCUGGAGGGCAGCACAGGUGUUCUGCUCAUCGUGGCCCUCAGCAUCGCAAGCUUCCAGUUCUUCGGCGUGGUGCUCGCUUGCUGCCUUGCUCGUGGGAUCAACAAAGCGAAGUAUGAACAGGUCUGAGGACGCGCCCCGCUCCCCCGCCCACUGCCCCACCCAUCGGACGGCCAGUACGCCCACGCCUACACCCACCCAGCCCGCCCGCAGCCCCACGCAACCAUAGGGAGGAGCUUAUCAGGGGGCGCGCGCUCCCUUCCACGUCCUGCUGUCCGCCCCACGCCCCCCGAAACCUCCUUCCAUGUGUGAGGCUUCGAAACUCCCCCGUGAAGCUCCGAAUCGCGCCCUGUGAAGCCUCCGAAGCCUCAGUGAAGCAUAAUUUGUCCCUAUCCUGAUCUAAGGGAGGGGGUGAUGGGGCGUGCUCUGGGGGUGGGGAGUGGGGAGUGGGUGUGUCUGGGCUGGUGGGUGCGGGAGUGGGGAGAGGUGGGGAGUGUGUUGGGGAGUGAUCGAAAGGGGAGGAGUUAAAUGUAAAUGUUGAGAUAAUUAUUAUUAUUAUUUUUUUUAAGGAUUGUACUGUUGUAGAAAGGAACACGAUGGAACACAAAGGAAUGACAAACAUCAGCAGGAGAGAGAGAGAGAGAGAGAGAGAGAGAGAGAGAGAGAGAGAGAGAGAGAGAGAGAGAGAGAGAGAGAGAGAGAGAGAA